GGGAUUCCCUCGUUACACCAAUAUAUAUAUAUGCACCUUGUUCAACUUCCACAUGAAUACCACUUUAUCACAUCAUUUUCUCUCGGAAUGGAUACACAGCACCGUUCAAAAUGUUGUUGUUCAUACAACUUUACAGCUAUCGACGAUAGACGAUCCUGAGGAGCAGCCGGAUGAGAAUAGAUUCAAGAAAUUGAUCGAUGGUGGACUGUAUAAUGAGAAACUUAUCAAUACUUAUCCUUGGACUAUUUUAGGAUUUGUAUUGGUUCUUUCGGGGAUACACUGGGCUGAGAAGGUUGUACGAUGGAGAAGGAGGACUUCAUGGAAGAGAGGAGAGAGAUAUUCAUACGAUUUACUGGACGAUGGAUCGUCAAAGACAAUUCGAGAGGAGGUGACGGACUAUGGCAGUGCUAGCUCAUCCGGAAGCAGUACAUUUGGAUCAAAUACCCCUUCCAUUAGACAUGAUGAUGGGGGUGAGCAUAUGCCUCUAUUGUCCGGAAGCCGGUUUCCCAAUAGCACCCCGUCGAAUCAAAUUACUGCCGUCUCCCGCAUCAAAGCCUUCCUCGUAUACCAACCUCGACCAAUCCCCUAUUUCAACAAAGUUCUCCCUUCAAACGGCUCAUCAAUAUUCAUUCUGUCAUUUCUCGCACUCAACAUCUUCUACACUUUCUACAACAUCUCAUUCACAUUGUUCGAAGCCUCCGUGCUUGGCGACCGAGCAGGCCUAAUAUUCGGUGUUAAUCUCCCGCUUCUAUACAUCCUCGGUGCAAAGAAUCAGCCACUUAAAGUUCUAACGGGCGUUUCUUAUGAAUCUUUAAAUAUCAUUCAUCGACGCCUUGGAGAACUAAUCAUGGUUGCCGCGCUCAUUCAUGCUAGCGCCAUGUUCGUGAUGUGGUAUGUAAUUUUGGUACCAUUUAGUGGUUGGACAAUUUGGGAUUAUUUAACUAACCCGUGUAUCUACUUGGGACUUUUGGCUCUAUUUACAUAUAAAUCAUUAUAUGUAACAUCAUUGGCGUCGUUUCGUCAGCGAUGGUACGAGGUAUUUUUGGGACUGCACGUUGUGUUGCAAGCUGGUGCUUUGGCGAUCUUAUAUUUCCAUCACAGGGGAACAAGAACUUAUGUUGGGUGGGCUCUUGCGAUAUUCCUUGUGGAUCGCUUGGUAUAUCGUCUUUGCGCGAAAAGUAUCAUGGCCGAGGCCAAAGUAAGUAUCUACCCUGACAAUGAAACCCUCCUCCUAACCUUCAACCUCCCCAAAUCACCCACCACAAUCUUCUCCCAAUCUCUCGGCCACUCAAUCUCCUCCGGCUGGAAAGCAACCGACCACGUCUUCCUCACCAUCCCCUCUCUAGGCCGCUCCCAUGCCCUCCAAGCCCAUCCCUUUACAAUCGCCUCUCCAGCUCCCCUCCCCUCGUCAAAAACCUCCAAUCUCACCCUCCUAAUCCGAGCCCGCUCCGGAUUCUCCGCUGACCUCCUCCGUGCCGCCCAACUCAAAAACACACUAAAAUGUCGUCUCGACGGCCCCUACGGAAGUAGCCAUGCUCGAUGUCUUCUCGAAGAUUCGGAUCUCGCAGUAUUAGUUGCAGGAGGGAGUGGAAUUGCUGUUACAUGGCCGAUAAUCCAUCAUCUCCUGAACAACUCAAGCGAAAGCGAAGAUCCCGAGACGGGAGCACUGCCGAAGAAGAGGAGAAGGCAGAGAAUCGUCAUGGUUUGGAUUAUUCACAAAAGUGCGCAUCUUGAAUGGAUUGAUGAGCAGGAGCGAGAAGAUCUGGAGCGGAAGGGAGUGGAAAUUAUUAUCCCGGGUGCGACGAUGGAGGUGGGGAGACCGGAUUUGGAUGGGCUGAUGGAGGGCGUUGUUCGCGGCUCAAGUAGGGAGGCAGAGAAAAGACAGAGGAUAGGUGUCGUGGUUAGUGGACCAGAUGGAUUAAAUCGAACCGUCAACAACAAAUGUGCGGAAUUCGUACGAGAGGGCAGAGAUUUAGAGGUUACGAUUGAGAAAUUUGGAUGGUAAAUCUCGAGGGCUUUCUCUCUUUCUUGGGUUUUGAUAUUUCACUUGGUUUCAGUUGGUACAUAGAAAUCGGGGUUUCCUUGGAGCAUUCUGUCUGGUAUUUUGAAUUUAGCAUUGGCGAGGAGCGUUUAUGAUGAGAUACGUUGAGAUGAAGAUAUAUGAUGCAUAGAUUGUCAUCACAUUACAUUACAUUACAUACCAUGCAAAUGGAAACAAACAAAGAAAUUACACACAUACAUAGAUCUAUGCAAUUAUCCAAUACCAAACUGAACA